AUGUCUGUUGAUCUAUCUAUCUAUCUAUCUAUCUAUCUAUCUAUCUAUCUAUCUAUCUAUCUAUGCCUUCCUGAUCAUAUCUAUGUUUCUCAUCAUGUAUAUCUAUCUAUCUAUCUAUCUAUCUAUCUAUCUAUCUAUGCCUUCCUGAUCAUAUCUAUGUUUCUCAUCAUGUAUAUCUAUCUAUCUAUCUAUCUAUGCCUUCCUGAUCAUAUCUAUGUUUCUCAUCAUGUAUAUCUAUCUAUCUAUCUAUUUAUCUAUCUAUGCCUUCCUGAUCAUAUCUAUGUUUCUCAUCAUGUAUAUCUAUCUAUCUAUCUAUCUAUCUAUCUAUCUAUCUAUCUCUAUAGUGGUGACCUUGUUGUUGUUUGUCUUCCGGACAAAUUCUUCUUCGUCUUCUUUUUUUGUCUAUUUUUGUUCAUUUAUUCUUUUCCUCUUUCUUUCCCAUAUCUCUUUCUUUCUUUCUUUCUUUCUUUCUUUCUUUCUUUCUUUCUUUCUUUCUUUCUUUCUUUUCAUUUUCCUGUUUUCUCUCAUUAUAUUUAUUCUUGUUUUCUGCACAUGCGUUUUUUUUUGUUUUUUUUUACUUCUUUUUCUUCGUGUCCACUUUUUGUCCUCUAUUUUUUUUUUAAAAAUCUCUUUUCCUAUCUUACCAACGAAACUGGGACCCGAGGCUGGGGACACGAGAUCUCCACUUUCGUAUAUUCAUGA